AUGCCUGGAAUCAAAAGGGUAGCUGUUAUUGGCGCGGGCCCUGCCGGUGCUAUCGCUGUAGACGCAUUAGCGCAGGAACAGGCGUUUGACGUCAUUCGCGUCUUUGAGCGUCGGGAGAAGGUCGGUGGAUGUUGGGUCCAAGACCCGGCCCACAGAUCCCCUCAGCUCCCCGAUUUCAAAACACUCGCCAGUCGCACCGCAGACAAACCACAUGAUAUACCUUCCUCUCUCCCAACAUAUGUUCCGCGCUCAACCCAGUACCGCCAUGAUGAAACAUCCGUGUAUCCGCUGCUCGAGACAAAUAUCGACUAUCAUACGAUGGAGUUCUCACAAGAGCCCAUCCCCGUGAAACAGACGUCACGGUCGAUCCAACGGCACGGCCCCAGUACCCCUUUCCGCCAUCACACAGUGGUUCAAGAGUAUAUCGAAGGACUGCUGGAUAGAAAAGGGUACAAGGAUUUUGUGGAAUGCGGAGUGACUGUGGAGAGGGUUGAGAAGGUCAAUGGAAGUUGGAAGCUGACGCUGAGAAAGGCGGGGUCGGAGCGUGAUUACUGGUGGGCGGAGGAGUUUGAUGCGGUGGUGGUGGCGAGUGGACAUUAUACGGUUCCGCAUGUUCCCUAUAUUGACGGGUUAGAAGAAUUCGCCAGUGCAUAUCCGGGGUCGGUGGAGCAUAGUAAGGGAUACAGGGGAGCGGAGAAAUAUCGACAAAAGAAUGUUGUUGUGAUUGGCGCAUCAGUCUCCGGGAUGGACAUUGCCCGAGACCUCAUUGGAGUUGCCCAGCACCCGGUAAAUGCUGUCGUGCGAGGAAAAUGGCAUCCUUAUUUCGGCAAGUCUGCUUUCGACCAUACCGACAUCAAGACGCGGUCAGCUAUCAAAAGGAUCGAAAGCACAGGGGGGCGCAGGACCAUCUUUUUCGAAGACGGGUCGCACAUUGACAAUGUCGACAAUAUUAUCUUUGGCACGGGUUACUCGUGGACCCUGCCUUUUCUUCCUGACUUCCCGGUCAUAAAUAAUCGCCUGCCAGGUCUCUACCUACAUAUUUUUCAGCGACAGGAUCCCACCCUCGCAUUCGUUGGCGCUAUUGCUGCUGGCUUUACAUUUAAAGCUUUUGAGUGGCAAGCUGUGCUUGCAGCCCGAUAUUUUGCUGGCCGCGUAGAGCUCCCGUCAAUCGCAGAGCAGGAGAAGUGGGAGACGGACCGCAUCGCAGUCAAGGGCGACGGCGUUCCCUUUACCGCGCUGUACCCUAACUUCGAGGAAUAUUUCGAGACUGUGAGGCAGCUUGCCGGUGAACCUGCGCCGGGGCAGCCUGGAAGGAGACUUCCCAAGUUUGGGAAGGGCUGGAGGGAGUUGUUCGACGGGGGUCACCAGAGAAGGAUUGAAGCGUGGAAGAAGGAAAAUGAGGCGCGAUCUGGGGCAGGAAAUUCUAUAGCUGUAAAAGCUAGAUUGUGA